AUGGAAAAGGAACGAAUCUUCCCCCCCUUUAAUGUCAUUCGGAAUAAUUACCAAUCGGGCAAAAAUUUUGCCCACAGAAAAAGGAAAAAUAAUUUCACACGUGUAAUGUCAAUCCAAAAAUGUGUGUGCAACGAAAUAAUUGAACAAAUGAAAAAGGAAGAAAUCUUCCACCCAUUUAAUGUCAUUCGGAAUAAUUACCAAUCGGGCAAAAAUUUUGCCCACAGAAAAAGGAAAAAUAAUUUCACACGUGUAAUGUCAUUCCCAGAAUGUGUGUGCAAAGAAAUAAUUGAUGGAAUGGAAAACGACCAAAUGUUCAACCACUUUAGUGUCAUUCAGAAUAAUUAA